AUGUACCGUAGUCACAGCGGCGGCAACUCGACGGUCGUCGUUGCCGGCGGCCGCAAGCGACUACACACGACCUUUGCCGACGGCGUCGAGCUCGUGGAAGAGUACACGAAGGAUGGCCCGCCCGAGCUCCUGGUGCGCCGAUGGAAAAACACGACGGCACUCGGCGGCGACGGGCGGUGGGAGUACGAGAUUGGUGAGCCGCUUCCGGCCGAAGGUCGAAGCCGCGACAUUGGCUUGGCCCCAAGCAGCACGCAGCCGACGUUUCUGUGCCGCGAGGCGGCUACGCACUGGGAGUGGCGGGUGCGGAACCUUCCGUACCCGAAAGAGACGUAUGCGAUUGGCAUUGACGACGACGCGCAAACGAUCGUCAUCCGGACGAGCAACAAGAAGUACUUUAAGCGCUUCCAGAUCCCGGCCAUGGUGCGCCAGAGCCAGCGACUGAGCGCGGCGGCGGUCUCGUUCACGCACGACAACAACACUCUCGUCGUCCACUACAAGAAACCGGACGCUGUCAUGGCGGUCGAGCACCAGGAGUUGCGCGAUCGGCUCCACGGCGCUGGGACCUCCGAGCCUCAGUGUCGCCAGCAGUGACACAGUCCAUUGCGUUCGAAGCGCCGACUUGACUGUAGCUCUCUUCCAACACUUGGUUUCAACAUACUGCAUCAUUGUCUUCAAGUGAACUAUCAGAUCUUAGC